AUGACAUCGGCUGGUGGCCCUGGCGCCGGCAGCCCUCUGAUUGCAGGAGCUCUCACGUCCAGCGGCGAGUUCCACGAUUUUUCAGACGAUGAGCUCGGAGCCUCCAACUUCUUCGACUUCUCCAACAGCCCCGAUACCCUCCAGAGCCUCGACGCCAUCACCAGCUCCAAGGACCAGGACGCCUUCCUCAAUCCCCAGCAGCUGGCUGUCGGCCCCUUCCCUGACUCGCCCAACGGCUCCUCGCAGGACUCCUCGUCCGAGUCCGCUGAGCCCUCCAAGCGUGCACUCGGUUCCGCGCCCGCGAAAGCACCUGCUACCUCGGCCGGUGAUGCCAGCAUGGACGACGACGGCUCUCAUAUAAAUAUGGACUGGGGAAGCAAUAACCUUACUCAUUACGACGAUGAUGACAAUACUUUCAACUUUGGUGCUGGCACAGGCCAAGCUGACAUCAACGGCUUUUACGGCUUCCCUGAACAAGAUGAUAGCUUCAUGGACCAGUCUUUUGACUUUGAGAGCGCAUCUAGCAGUCCCGAUGCUCUUUCUACUGGCCCCGUAUCUAUGCCCUCACCCGGCAUGCCCACUAUCAAGUCGACAAGUCCCAAUAAAAACAACAACAUGUCCGCAAAGCUCAAACCGCAAGCACACAAGAAGAAGGCUUCGACACAUUCCGUAUCAUCGUCACAAAACGGCAUCAAGCGAUCACUUUCUCGAGAAGUCUCACCCAUGUCAACUUUAGUCGCCAGUCACAACUCUUCACCAGCCACAGCUUUUCUGCACUCGCCACCAGCAACUGUCAAGGCCGAGUUCUUCCAGAUGAUGGGUCAGGGUAGUAUGUGGUCUACUAAGCCCAACCUGCAAGUGGCCGCGGCUUCGGACGGUGUGCCGUCGCCGGCUUCGUUUGUGCCCAAUCAUGCGGUUCAAGCUAGGCAAAGGGCUCAGCAAAUGGCCAUGCUUAAUCCACCUCCCUUCAAUUUUACCGGCUACGAGCUCAGAAUCUUGCCAACACCAUUGAAAUCCCGAGUCGAGACGCAGAUUCCUAUCAAGAUGACACUCUCCCCACUUCCUCCUGGUGUCACUAAGCUCCACCUUCCUGCGCAUACGAUAUCCAAGCCAAAACUCCUCUCAAAGCCGACACCGGAGCCAUCUCCCGAUACCCUUGUACUACAUGUCAGCUUAGUCUGCACCAGCGCAAUGGAACAUCCCGAAUGGAAGAAGAAGGCUCUCGAGAGAGCCAGGACACAACCACAGGGCAGCCUUCCGGAUCUUGAUGACGAAGAGAACGCUCCCCAAAACGGCGGCGAGGUCCGCAUAUGUGCGGGCUGCAUUACUCGGGAACGAAAGAGGGCAGCCAGGAAGAAGAUUAAGAAGCCCGACGAGGAAAAGGUCUGGAGCCAAGAUGAAGAACGCCGUGUUAUUGUUUUCAAUACCCAAGAAGUCAAGGAGUGGCAGCCCAUGAGCGGCAUGGUCGACUCCAAUGGACGACCGGAACCUGUUGUCUCCAAUCGCACCAUGCAGAUUGAUGCACCCAUGCGCAUCGCCUGCUACUGUCGGCAUCACGGAGAGAAGAUGGGCUUCAACGUCAUCUUCACCCUCAAAGAUCAUCAAGACCGCGUCAUUGCUCAAGCCAUGUCCAACCCUAUCAUGAUCACCGACGAUCAUAAGACGCAUCCCAUGGCUCAACUGACCACACAGCCUGCCAUGUCUGAUACAGUCAGCUCUUCAUCAAUUCCCCUCACUUCUGCACCAGGCACCGAGGCCAAUGCCAUGGUAGCGGCCGUACCCAACGGCAACUUUCGAAUGUCGCAGGCCGGAAGUGAUGUGUCGUCGAUGCAGAAUGGUUAUGCCAGCUCCAACUCGGGCAAAACGACGCCGACCAUGACUACAGCAACGGUACUGGCCCGUUCACACUCGAGACCUAGCUCCCCAAGCCAGGGGCAUCCUAUGCCAAAGCGAAGAAAAGGAAGCACCUCUCGAGUACCGAACGGGUUGGAGAUGACUCGGCUCGACACCUCGCCACAGCCCACGCAAUCUGUUGCAAGUCAAAGAUCGAACGUCACCUCGCCAUUUAGCCCUCCCUCUGCUUUCCACCAAGCUGAACACCUCUUCGGGAUGCAGAAUGGUCAAUUGCCUUUUACAACUGGUCCUCCUACCCCCAACAGUAACAACGAACAGGCCAACUUCUUUGCCAAUAACCGCUCUGCCAGCAUGGACAAUCUUGCGUUGGCUAACAUGUACUCGGCUCCCGCCUCGAGCCAUGCGAGCCGUGCUCCCAGUCCCAGCGGUCUCCGAACUAGUGCCCAGCAGAAUCAAUUUGCUGCACUUGCUAACAGUCUUUUUGCUCCUGUCGGCGUUCCCCGUGUGGCGCCAGUCAUUCACAAGAUUAUUCCCAAUGAGGGACCCAAGAUUGGCGGUAUCGAAGUCACUGUUCUUGGGGCUGCUUUCUUUCAGGGUCUUGACGUAUGGUUUGGCGAUCAACGAGCUACCACGACCACUUUCUGGGGUGAAUCAUCUCUUGUUUGCUUGUUGCCACCUUCACCUGUCUCCGGAAACGUCCCGGUCACCUUCAAGCUGCAAGGCGUCCCGCCUCAGAACUUCCCCAUGGCCAAGCAACCUCCAACAUUCAAAUAUGUCGACGACAACGAAGACAAGUUAAUCAGAACGGCGCUUUCGGUCUUGGGGCAAAAGAUGUCUGGCCAGAUGGUGGAUGUAAGUGAUCUCGCACGAAGGAUCCUCAACGAUGGCAGCAGCUCUGGCGGCUGGACUGGCGGCGCUUCUGGUGGCCCUUCGGGUAACGGCACUCAAUUCAACCAUACUUCUCACGAGCACCUCGAGUCUCAAUUGCUCAAGGUCCUGGAUCUGAUUGACCUUGAUGACAGCGCGCACAGAACUAAGCUUGACCUAAAGAGGUCUACCGGUCACACCAUGCUCCAUCUUGCUUGCUCGCUCGGUUAUCAUCGUUUCGUCGCUGCCCUGCUCGCCCGCGGCGCCAACCCAGAUGCUCGCGACAAGGGAGGCUUCACCGCUCUACACAUGGCCUCCAUCCAAAGCCACUCGGAGAUUGUUCGUCGACUCAUCAUCGGUGGAGCUGAUCCGACCAUCCGUAGUUUGUCUGGUCUCACUGCUACUGAUGUUGCGCAGUCUCGCGCCGUGAUCCGUGCCAUUCGUCACUCUGAGCGCCACGCUCGUUCCCGGAGCAGCGGUGGAUCCAUGCACAGCCGUAGCAGCAGCUCCACCUCGGUCAGAUCGCUGUGGGAGCCUCUUACUCGAGCUAAUACCCAUGAUGGACCGAUUUCCAUUGCCUCGGGCGAAGAAAGUCCCGAAUAUACUUCGGGCGACUUUGAGGAUGAAGACCCAGAUGAGAACAGCUAUCUCAGCAUGAGACGCGCCAGCGAGAUGGACGCCGAAAAGGAUCAUUCAGACGAGAUGGUUGACUCGGAGGUGGCAGAAGGCUCGACACCUACGGCCAUGGCCGCCGCAUUGAAGGAGCAGUUCCAGCAACAACUCCAGCAGCUUCAGCAGACCAUGGGUAUGCAUUUUCAAAACCUCGCCCAUAUUCCGCAGCUUCCACAGAUGCCUGGGAUGCCUUUGCUACCAGACUACCAAGGCUACUUCCAGCGCAUGCAACAGUACAUGCCUGGCAUGUCAGGUGCCAGGCCUGACUCUGCUGGCGGUGAUUCACCAAAGGUGGACGGCAGGUGGUGGGAUUUGUCGUCUUAUAUGAGCAGCACUUCAGCAGCACCACCCCCGCCACCAGCGUACGAGGAUAUUUUCCCUCGCAAAGACGUUGAGGAAAAGCAGCGCGCUGCAGCAGAGGCCGCCUGCGAGGCCCAGGCCGACAUGAAGUGCUCCGCCUUGUACGAUGCUCCCAAAACGAAAUUGAAGAAGCGGGCGAGUAGAACCAAGCCCACAAUGGCUAGCAGUUCUACCGAGAGCUUGGAGCCGGAAGUUCCUAGCGUUCUCAAGAUUGGACGCAAGAAUGCCAUUACCAAAGAACAGCAAGAUCAAUUCCUGCGGGCCAGGGAGCAGAAGCUGAAGAGACUCAGCAACGAUCGCAAGCUCUUCUUCGUCUGGAUUCCCUUGCUACUGAUUAUGGUCUGCGCAAUGCUUUACAGCUACUUCCCGAAGCUGUUCCCUUUCCUGUUUGAGUCGGCCAAGGCUGUUAUUCAGGUGGGACAUGCCCGCGCCACUCGUUACUUGCAGAAUAGACAAGAACGUGUCGUGCCGAUAUGA